AUGGCCCUCGCCAUCCCGUCGUCCAGUCACUCGAAGCCCUACUUCUUUAGUCCUGGUAACCUGGUGACGGAUCCCCUGUCAUCGUCAGUGCCCAUGAUUUCGGUCAUGUCUUACCAAUACCCACCUCUGCCUCCUCUCAGUAAUGAGAUGGACAUGGCGCAUUCAGGCUACGUGCCAUCCUACACUGUCCCUUCACAACAGCAGCUUUCUUCCUUGGGUAUGGCCAAUGUCCAUGAUGCACCAUUGCCCAGUCAAGACCACAACAUGGGCAUCAAGGGGCCAUUUUCAACGUCAAGCGCUGCGCCUCUACACCAGCCGGAAACAGAUGCUCAGCAACAACAAAUGGGUACCUCGGGAGAAAAGAAGAGAAACAAGCUCGGAUAUCAUCGCACCUCGGUAGCUUGUGUUACAGAAGCUCCUAGAAAUGAGGGGUUCCCAGCUGAAAUGAGAGACUCAUCCCAGAGCCCAACAUCAAAAACAGCAGAGCCCAACCCGACUUGGCGAUCUUACCCAGCAGAAUCGCCCAUUAGUGCCCAGUUCUCCCCAUUCUCUGUGUCUCCAGCGUCGGCUGGUUGGGCAUCUGGAGGCUCAGAACCACCCUCUCGCGAAGACAUGGCCUGGGCUCAUUACGCGCCCCCAGUACGAUCCAUGUCCUAUGGUGGCGAGCCCAUGCCUGGCCACCAUACACCUCAGUAUCAUCUGAUGGCCCCCAACCGACAAUACGAGCGGAGAUCUUCUACGUUAUCCGACGUCUACACUCCGGCGAUGGAUGGCAUGGUUCCGGGGUUUGAAGCAGGUACCACGACAAGUAUGGAUACGGCUGUUCCUCUCUCGGCCGGAGCAGUGCCCCCGACCGGCUUUGAGACUUGGGAUCAAUCACAAACACAAGCCAACUACACCUUCCCGCGGACUUCAGAGGCCUACGGCGCCUGGAUGUACGGGGAGAGGGGGCGAGGUCACCAACUACAGGCGGUUGACACCAGCCACCAACUCACCGAUAAUGGCACAGCUGGCAUUUACCAGAACCGAUAAUGACGGGUUCACAGUACAGGAGCAUGUUUAGGCGUUGUCGUUUCUGAGCAUUGGUUUAUUGUGGCUGGUUUUCUUGCUUUGGCUUGGGAGUAGGGCUCAUCAAGGCCUUCAAAACUGGGGCAUCUGGCGUUGGACAUGCGCCCCCGUAGUUAGAAUGUUUUAUGCCAGGUAGCGAUAUGGGGGGAAAGGCAUCUCAUAGAGAUUAAUACCCAUUUUUAGAUGGU